UUCUCUGCCUCUCACAGUGUUCUUCUCUUCCCAGCUCAUUCCUCUUUGACUGCAGAGUGAAUCGUGCCAUGUGGCACAGACACACACACACACGUAAAGGAUAAAUCCUAAGAGACAAGAGCUCUGCGUGGAAGUAAGAGGAGGGUGAGGAAGUAAGAGAAGAGCAAGAGGGUGAGGGGGGUGGUCGGGGGAGGAAACACUCACACACUCAAGCACAUAGGACUAGAGCGGUGAAAAGGAGAAGAGAAGAGCUGGGAGGCAGGAGGGCUGCUGAACAAAGCAAGGGAAGGAGAGGGAGGUCCAUGGGAGAGUAGCAGCCGUGAAAUGCCUUGACGGGAGCCUGCCAGCUGCUCCUGUGGCUUCCUGAAGGUGUUGAGCUCCACCUGAGGAUGGCAGGAGAUUCUCGAGUCCACAUGGACCACGACAUGGAGAUAGGUGUCACACCCACAGCAGUGCAAAAGCUUCCCAAACACAUGCGGGAGGCCCAGAUCUCCACCGAGCACACCCACCUCAUCGCCGACCCAGUCAAGAAGCCCCGGCAACGCUAUGUGCAGAAAGAUGGCAAGUGCAACGUUCACCACGGAAACGUGCAGGAGACCUACCGUUACCUUAGCGACCUGUUCACCACCCUGGUAGACCUGCGCUGGCGCUUCAGCCUCUUCAUCUUCACUCUGGUGUACGUGGUCAACUGGCUGUUCUUCGGCCUGCUGUGGUACAUCAUCGCCCUGAUCCGAGGGGACCUGUGGCACAGCGACGAGGAGGGCUGGACCCCUUGCGUUGAGAACCUCAACAGCUUCGUUUCGGCCUUCCUCUUUUCCAUCGAGACGGAGACCACCAUCGGCUACGGCUACCGCGUCAUCACAGAGAAGUGCCCUGAGGGCAUCAUCCUGCUGCUGAUCCAGGCCAUCCUGGGCUCCAUCGUCAAUGCCAUGAUGGUGGGCUGCAUGUUCGUGAAGAUCUCCCAGCCCAAAAACCGCGCUGAGACGCUCAUGUUCUCCCACAAGGCAGUGAUUUCUGUGCGGGACAACAAGCUGUGUCUCAUGUUCAGAGUCGGGGACCUGCGCAACUCUCACAUCGUGGAGGCCUCCAUCCGGGCCAAGCUUAUCCGCUCACAGCAGACCAAGGAGGGGGAGUUCAUCCCUCUCAACCAGACGGACAUCAACAUCGGCUUCGACACAGGAGACGACCGGCUCUUCCUGGUCUCCCCACUCAUAAUCUCCCACGAGAUCAACGAGAAGAGCCCCUUCUGGGAGCUGUCCCAGGCACAGAUGGAUAAGGAGGAGUUUGAGAUUGUGGUCAUCCUGGAGGGCAUGGUCGAAGCUACGGGGAUGACCUGCCAGGCACGGAGCUCUUAUCUGGACAAAGAGGUGUUGUGGGGCUGGCGUUUCACCCCGGUCCUGUCUCUGGAGAAGGGCUUCUACGAGGUGGACUACAACAGCUUCCACGACAUCUACGAGACCAACACACCGUCGUGCAGCGCUAAAGAGCUAGCCGCUACGCUGCGAGAGGGCCAGCUGCUCCCCACGCUCUCUCUGCUGACGCCCGAGCUCCCCAAACCCUACACCCUGGAGCCCAUAUCCACCCACAACCCUCUCUCCAAAGAGGUGGACAAGGGGGAGGAGGGGGAGAAGGGGGAGAUCAACGGCUCAGCUGCAGCUCUGAAAGACCAGCCCGGACUGGACUGACUACUUCAGAUAAGCCAAACCAGAGACAAAGUUACUAAAGACUAUGCUUAAUUUAGUCAAUGGCCAGCUUGUUCCAUUGCAUUGCUUGGAGAUCAAAGAUCCCCCGCCCCAUGCAAUACUUCUCUAGUGUCUAUAGUAUAUAUAGUAUAUAUUUGUUUUGUAGACACAAAUACACACAGACACACACACACAUACUUACUCCAGAUUGGUCGUAUUGUCUUUAUAUAUUUGAGGCGACCACAUAUAUUUCCAUUACACUAGUAAUAGCUCAAGUGAUAUACUGUAACCUGAUGUGGAACAAGUAGCCAUGAUGAAUGAAUAUCACAUCUUACAAAUGAUCCAAUAACCUAAUUUUAGAGGUUGUUGAUUCUGCUGAUCGAGUAUUGAUUCCAUCUCUUGGCUAAUAUCUCCCCACGUUGCUCCCUGCUGCUCCUAACACAAUGACAGAAUAUGUGCCGACCAGAUCAUUAUCUUCAAUCCCAUCACGCUUUGUUAUUACUCCACUACGGAAACUCUUAAUUGAAGGCAAUAUGUACACAGCCGCGCUUUAACCCUCCUUCAUUCCUGUAGGCAGGAAGUGGAGCUCAGCUCAGUUCAGCCCGUAGCUAUAGAUCAAGCUCUGUCUCUUUGUAUUGGGUACGAUCAUCUCUGUUACGCAUUUUGUCCAAUCACCCGUUGCGUUUCCACUGUCAUGCUUAAUCACAUUACGUGUGAGGAAUAUAUUAGAGCAAAACACAGGGCCCAGAGAGUUCCUCAGUAUUGGAACCAGAGGAACGGGCAGUACCUCAUUUUGAUACUCAUGAUACAUAAGCACAAGUCCUGUGACCCUGAUAUGCCCCCCUUUCCUCCAUCUCUGUCCCCCCUCCUGGUGCAUAUUUUAGUGCAUGGUGUUAUGUAUAGGCUUCUGAUGAUACAAGCAGGUUUAUAAUGAUGUCUACGCCCAUGAGUGUUUCUUCCCUGCACUGUGACAUAAUACAAGCUAUUAGUGCUAUUCCUCUUCUUUAACCUUUGGUUAGUUCUCUUUAUAUCAAAAAACAAUAAAACUAUUAUUCGAGUACACAAAUUUAGCAGAUGUCCAGAUUCAGUUCUAUUCUACCCAUAGUCCUGGUCUGGACUCAGCUAGCUCCUGUUGUCUCUGCUUGAGAGAGUGUAUGACCCUGUCACUUGUACCGUGUGUCACAUUUUCUACAGUUGUAUUUUGAGGAUGUGUGUGACAGAGCUUGCAUGAUAAUGAACUGUCCCCUCGACAUAGCAAGUUUAAUACACUGCUAAUAAUACAGGGUAUUUUCUAGGCAUGCAAAUUGCAAAUAACAUUUUUUACAGAUAUUGACAACCAAUACGUUGAUGAUAGCUAAGAUGACAAAUCUCUUAAACGUUAACACUUCUCCCCCCUUCUAUAACAAUUAUUUGCAUUUUUCUGGACACUUGUCCCAACAAUGUAUUUUAUUUCACUGUGACAUUGUAGCAUCAUAUUUAUGCCAUUUACAUAAAGAUCAUUUAUCAUUAGAGAAAAAAAACUGCUCCCAUAGCUGGAAUGUCAUCUGUUUUCUGUGUGUUCUUAUGGGAAUAAACCUAAUAUGGCCAAAAGCACAUUACAGUAUGUUUCUGUUAGAGAACCAUGUGUGUGUGUUUGCAUGCUUGUGUGCAUGUUUAUGUGGGUAUCUGUGUCCGCCUGUCUGUGCACACGUGUGUGUGCGUUUGUUAGUGUGUUAAUUUAGUCCUCUGUAAGUAUGUGUGGUUAGGAGUUAUUCCCCUCACAGAGAGAGAGAGCUACAGUGGCUUGUGAAACUAUUCACUCCCUUGG